AUGGGCAAUUUAGGUGACUUAUCGCCACAGGGCAGUGUCGCGGUCGGUAUUUUUGUUGGACUCGUUUCGACCAGCCUACAGGCCAUCGGGCUUACCCUUCAGCGCAAGUCUCACAUGCUUGAAGACGAGAAACCCACACAUGAUGUGCGCCGACCACCUUACAAGCGCCGCCGAUGGCAACUGGGAAUGGCCAUGUUUGUCAUAUCCAACAUUGUUGGCAGCACCAUUCAGAUUACAACACUACCGCUUCCAGUCCUUUCCACACUUCAGGCAUCUGGACUUGUGUUUAACACCAUAUUUGCCACUAUCAUACUCGGUGAACCGUUCACCCGCUAUUCAUUUAUAGGCACCUUCCUCGUAUGUAUCGGUGCAAUCUUGAUUGCAACUUUUGGGGCCAUCGGAGAGCCUGCCCAUACUCUGGCUCAGCUGUUGUAUCUUCUGCAACGUCGAGCGUUCUGCGUUUGGAUGGGUGGGACACUCCUCCUAGUUGCUCUUAUUUUACUAGGCUCAAAGUUGUUGAUGUAUUUGCCUGGGUCGCGGGUGAUACCCAGCCAUUUCACAUCCCAUCAACAGCAUCAACAGCGGCGCCAUAAUCGGAUGAAGUUGAUCCGAGGGAUGUGUUAUGGAUCUGUCAGCGGAAUUUUGUCAGCCCACUCGCUUUUGCUGGCCAAAUCAGCGGUGGAGCUACUGGUUCGGACAAUUGCCAAUGGCGAUAAUCAAUUUACCCAUUGGCAGUCUUGGGUGAUCUUGCUAAUGCUGAUCGGAAUGGCACUGACUCAACUUUAUUUCUUACAUCGGGGACUCAAGUUAUGCAGCACCAGUGUUUUAUAUCCCUUUGUGUUUUGCAUCUAUAACAUUAUUGCCAUCCUUGACGGCCUGAUCUACUUUCGUCAGGCCUCUCAAUUAACGGGGUUCCAUGCGGGCCUCAUCGCAUUGGGAACAAUCAUUCUCUUAGGUGGCGUGCUUUGUCUGUCUUGGCGGCUAGAAGACAUUGACAGUCAUGCAGGCGUUACCGUUGUAGGGUCCACACAGACAGGUCUUGGGCCUGGAAUGGCAGUUGUGGAGGAGCACUCGCCGACAUCUUCGGGCCUACUGGAUAGUGCCGGCGAUGAAGAAUCGUGGAUUGGAGAACGCGAGCCGCUGCUCCAAGGCAACAGUCGUGCCCGGUUCCCACGAAUUCGAGCACCUAGUCUUCCAGUAAUUCCACCCCUCAAUCGACAUGAGGCGGCCGAUCUCAACGCCGCAUCCAUUUGGGCUGAACUGGAUGACUCUGACUACCACUUUGCCCAUCCUCUAGCGCGUUCUGCCACCGAGCAGAUACGGGGGAGUCCCGGGAGCGGCGCGGCAUUGAAUGGCCUCAAGCGCCAUCUAACUGUUGGUCCAAUGUCUUAUAAUAGACAGAGAGGGACUCACCGCAAUCGUAAAAUAUCUCAAGAAAGUCCAUGGCGACGUAUUUCAACACCUUGGGCCAUCAUCACGGGAUCGCAGCGCAGACGACCAGAUCAAGAUAGCGGAUACGGAACUAUUCAGGGUGACGAUUUGGAACCUCAAGCGUCCCCCCAGGCCCGGGAAAAUUCAGCCAGUCUUCUCGUGGGCUCGAGGAGGACGCUGCAUGGUGCUUGGCAAUAUGGUCGCCAAUAUCUACCUCGAUGGCCAUGGAGGAACCCGCAGGCGGGAAGUCUCCCUGACCGCGACGCCGACGCGCAAGACGGUGCAUACUCUUCUCUUUUACCUCAGACCGAUAGCCUCCCAUGGAUUCGAAGAAUACCGGAUCACGCUGAUAUCAAUGGGCUUGCGAAGCCCCCAUCGUCAUUAUGA